AUGGGGGUUUCAGGCACUAUGGAGUACUUGUCUGAUCUUCUUAGCAGUGCUAAAAAGGGUAAGAAAAUGAAGCAGACGAACACCGUCUCUCUCAAAGUCAGAAUGGAUUGUGAAGGCUGUGCACUUAAAGUCAAGAAGGCUCUCUCAUCAGUAAAAGGCGCGAAAUCCGUAGAGAUCGACUUGAAGAACCAGAAGGCAUCAGUGACUGGUAUUGUUGAUCCAAAGAAGGUGUUGAAGGCUGCCAAAUCAACUGGAAAAAAAGCCGAGCCAUGGCCAUAUGUGCCAUACACAAUGAUAGCUCACCCUUAUGUUGCUGGAGUUUAUGACAAAAAGGCACCUCCAAAUUUUGUUAGAAAAACUGAUGAUCCGGCCGUUGCCUCUCUUAAUCCAGUUGAAGAACAGUACACACUCAUGUUUAGUGAUGAGAAUCCGAAUGCAUGUUCUGUCAUGUAAUUAGAGUUAAACGUGGAAUUAAUGUUCUUAGUCUUUCUUUCUUUUGGUUAAUUUCUUGUAAAUCAGUUAAAGGUUUAAAGAAUAUAUAUGUAUAAAGGUUCUACUUCUACUUC